GCUUCCUGCUCACAGUCGCUCUCACAGCAUCUCGCACCACUGCUUCAUUGCUGUAGGCAUUUUGGGAUUAACGACACUGCCUGGAUUUACAGUUGGAGGGACCGGAGGGCUGCCACCAUGGUCACCAUCCCGCAGUUCUAUGAAGGGAAGAGUGUCCUCAUCACAGGAGCCACUGGCUUCAUGGGGAAGGUCCUGCUGGAAAAGCUGCUGCGCUCCUGUCCCGGCGUCAAGGUUGUCUACGUGCUUGUCCGCUCAAAGGCGGGCCAGGCUCCUCAUGAGCGCAUUGCGGACAUGGUCAACUGCAAACUCUUUGACAGAUUAAGAGAUGAGCAGCCUGACUUUGCAGAGAAAAUUGUAGCUGUGAACAGUGACUUAACUCUGCCUGAACUGGACUUGAGGAAAGAGGACCAGGAGACACUGGCAGCCAAUGUCAACAUAGUCUUCCACUGUGCAGCAACAAUCCGAUUCAAUGAGCCUCUCAAAGAUGCAGUGCAGCUGAACGUUCUGGCGACUCAAAAGAUGGUGGCUCUGGCCCACAGAAUGAAACAGUUGGAGGUGUUCAUCCACGUGUCCACGGCCUAUGCCAACUGUGACCGCAAGCUCAUUGAGGAGGUGGUCUACCCCCCACCAGUAGACUACAAGAAGCUUGUUGACACCUUAGAAUGGAUGGAUGAUAAGCUUGUGGGCGUAAUGACGCCAAAGCUGAUUGGUGACCGGCCAAACACAUACACUUACACCAAAGCUUUGGCUGAGUAUCUGGUCCAGCAGGAGUGUGGGAACCUGAACGUGGCCAUCAUCCGGCCCUCCAUCGUCGGAGCCAGUUGGAUGGAGCCCUUCCCUGGCUGGAUAGAUAAUUUCAAUGGACCUAGUGGAAUAUUCAUUGCUGCGGGGAAGGGCAUUCUGCGCACGAUGAGGGCCUCCAAUAAUGCUGUGGCUGACUUGGUGCCAGUAGAUGUCGUAAUCAACACCACUCUGGCCGCUGCCUGGUACUCAGGCUCCCAAAGGCACAACAGACCCAAAACCAUGUUGGUUUACAACUGCACAACUGGAGGCAUCAACCCAUUCCACUGGGGAGAAGUUGAGUACCAUGUAAUAUCCACUUUCAAGAGGAACCCCCUCGAGCAGGCCUUCAGACGGCCCAAUGUAAAUCUCACCUCAAACCACCUAAUCAAUCAGUACUGGAUCGCUGUAAGCCACAAGGCACCAGCUUUCCUAUAUGAUCUCUUCCUCCGGAUGAUGGGGAAAGAGCCAAGGAUGAUGAAGACCAUCAAGCGGCUGCAUAAAGCCAUGAUGGUGCUGGAGUAUUUCACCAGCCACUCGUGGGUGUGGAACACAGACAACGUCACCAUGCUCAUGAACCAGAUGAGCCCCGAGGACAGGAGGCUAUUUAACUUUGAUGUGCGACAGCUGCACUGGGCUGAGUAUAUGGAGAACUACUGCAUGGGCACCAAGAAGUAUGUGCUGAACGAGGAGCUGUCAGGUCUGCCAGCCGCCAGGAAACACCUCAGCAAAUUGCGAAACCUCCGCUACACGUUCAACACGCUGCUGGUGGUUGUCAUCUGGCGGGUGUUCAUCGCCAGGUCGCAGAUGGCGCGCAACAUCUGGUACUUCGUGGUCAGCCUGUGCUUCAAGUUCCUGUCCUACUUCAGAGCGUCCAGCACCCUCAGACACUGAACGAUGAGAGACCGUGAAGUGGACUGGAGGUGGACACGGAGGAAAUGUUACCAAGCCUCUCCUUCCCUUCCCCCUCCUCUCUCCUGAUAAUACCUUGCACCCCCCCCCCCCUUUUUUUUCCCCUUAUCUCAGACAGCUAUGCAUUCAGCGUAACUUGGCCGACUCUACGGACAUGUUUUGAAUGUCACUUUAGGGUCUGGGCCCUGCCCCCUCUCUUUCUCUCUCUCUCUCGCUCUCGCUCUCUGUCUUUUUUGUGUUCAGCACGGCCCUCCCACUUCAACUGUAGGGGUGCUGACCACGUUGUGGAAAGCAAGCAUGUCUCUUCAGGGCUAGAUUCUCUCCUUCAGCACAACGAGCACAGGGAGGCUUUUUAAAUUACUGCAUCAAGUCUCUGUCGGUAAAAGCACUUAAGCCAAACACCGAAGAGGUGGGGGGACUGGCUAAUACUUUACCGCACAUUCAACAGCUUGACCGCAGGCAGUAGGCAUUCUCCAUUGCUUGGCUGAUGGCAGUGACUCACUUGUCAACUAUUCAAUCAAGCACAAGGCAGAUAAGGGAUGUGAUGGCUCCUGCGCAGUAUAGCUAUGUGCCUAUGCCCAAGCCUUCAGAUGACCUUGCUAAGACUCCCCGCCAUAGCUUUCUUCAGCUAUGCUGAGCUCCCCCUCACUCCCACUUUACAUUUUUUUGUUUGUUUUUUUUCCCAUGUGGAAUUCUGCCAAACCAUCUUUAUACGUUACCUUUUUGUCCGCGAUUGUGCAGGAUGAAAGGGUCAUGCUUAUCAGUGAGUGGCUAAAGGUGGAACAUCUCGUUCAUGAUUCAGGACAUCUCCUGGACAUCCCCUCUGUAUUACUGGCUUUUAGCAAGCUGCUGGCAUGCCUUGUUGCAUGUCUUGUCAUAGACCCGUUUCAUCCUUGUAUCUGAUGAGAAACGUUUUGUGUGACUGUUUGUGAGUACUUUCUCAACUCCAUUGUUGUGUGUGUGUGUGUGUGUGUGUGUGUGUGUGUGAAUUCUUGCCCACUACUUUUCUUUUGCUACAGGGUCGUUUCCUGACCUUAAUGUCAAACUAGGGUCUCACCAUCCCAAGCCACAGACAGAUUGUUAAUCUUUACAUUUCUAUCCAUUAUUGUUUUGUUUUUUUCCUCUGGUUGUAAGGAAGUGAAGGAACAUUUUCUGUUCCUUUCCUCAUGAUCAGUGAAUAGGCUAUACAAGAUCAAGUACUCUUCCUCCCUACAUUGGAAACACAAUUUUAGGGUGAACAGUAGCCAUGGGGUUAGUGAUUUGUUUUGUUUCUAUUUAUAAAUAUAUGAACUAUAUUUUAUGUACUUAAACACACUGCAAAAUGAGCUGUAGUACCAGAUUCUACAAGCUUUAAGUGUAUGACUAGGGUUAGUGGCUUGGUUGUCUGACUGGUUUGUGAACUGUGCCUGACAUUUUUUGACUAACACAAUGUGAAAGAGCUGAAAAUGUGUAAGUUUUGUAAUCCAUUUGUGUACAUUUCCAGAUAGACAUUGUUAUAUUAAUCUAACAUUGCAUAGAAUGUUUAUGCCUGUAAUACAUAUAGGAUGGCUUAAAAAGAAAGACAAAACAAAGGCAUGUAGAAGAAGAUUGGCUCCUUUUGGGUCAAAGUUCCAGUUGGACCUCUAAAUCCGAAUGUCUUUUGUCUUGUCUGUUUUUUCAUCUGGUCUCAAGAUCAAAUUGAAACCAAAGCCAUCACACCUUUGGUUAUAUCUCAUAUCUUGUCUUGUGUGUAAAUUCAACGGUUGGUCUUCUUCUUACUGUAUUGACAUUGUCUGAAUGUACGUCACUCCAGCCUGACUCUUUGCACAGUUGUACUAGAAACGUGGAUUCACUCCAAAUGUGCGUGUCUAAUGUGGAUUUGGGACCUACUGAUCUGAUAAAUUGUGAGAACUUUCUUUUUUUUCCCCCGAGGACCACCAUUUGAAAGGGAUACUUGCCUUCAUGUACCUUCAAUCAUUCCCUUGUGUUUGGUUUAGUUUUUGAGAUGAGUCACUUAGUAGGGAUUCUGGUGGGGGAAAAGUUAAAUGCAGACUGAUGUAUUUUAUCAAUUAACAUUCACUCAGCCACGUACAGGAAAUGUCUAUCUCUUUCUGUCUCUCCUUAAUGUGAUGUGGGCAUCUUUUGGGUAUCAAGGGCGCCUUGUAUGAUCAUGUCUGCCAUUUCAAACAGCAUUGCACAAUUGUGUUAAUUGUGUCUUGUCUUUUUUUUUUUCUGUAUAAAUAUUUUCAGUCAGACCAAACAUUACAACUCCCAGUACAAUGGAGUACAAUUGCACAUCCGAUGUCCAAUUGAGGUGUUUACAGCAAAAUGGGUUCAUUGCUCCAGAUCAUGCUCUAUCCAUUUUCUUGCAAGUCUAGAAUAUAAAAAUCAAUGGGUGCCUUUUGUUUGUAAACCAAAUGAAUACAAAUAAAUAGAACAUGUUAAUUCAUGAAA